AUGGUGGCACCUCACGUUGAUAACUUGCUCGUUGCAAUGGGCAACCCUGGUCGAUUUCAAGUGUUAACCUUCCUCUUACUUACUGGGAACAAUAUUGUAAACAUUUGGAAUAAUAUUGCGCCCGUAUUUUACGUUGCCAAGACCCGUCAUCAUUGCAAAGUUGAUAAUAUAAGUUUAGUGCCUGUCGUGACUCGCAAUAAUGAGAGACAGUUGGAUGAUUGCAUGGUAUUUUCUGCGCUUAAUACAAGCAAUACAAUACCGUGCGCUACUGGCAGGGUUUAUUACUUGGAGAAAGGGGAGAGAACGAUUAUCUCCGAG